AUGAUCCGGAUGACUCAACAACAUCUAUUGUUUCAUAGCCGAGACAGAGACCACAUUUAUCGCGAGUUGCAGUUGCUAUCGCCGUCAAUCCUGAGCAUUGUAAUGCAGUACAACGGAGACAAGAUGGCUCAAGACGCUGAAAGCGUGGGUGGCUUCCCGCCGAUCGCCUCCCCCGACGCCUCCGGACCAUACUCAUCGUGCGGCAACGUCCAUCUGAAACAUGAGUAUUCCUUCUGCACGACACAAGCAUCUCUUGAGGCUAUCACAGACGUCAGCCCGAGCAUCAACGGUACCUACCUGCCUGCCACUAUCCCUCCCCAAGCUCAUGAUCAGCGCCGCACGGCGGCAGUCACGGCCUCGUCUGAUGAUCAAGACGGCUCAGUAGAUGGAACUGGGCGCGAUGGCUCAUCUCCAACGCAACGGCAACUGGUUUUGGAUCCUCAUUCCAAAUAUGAUGGAUAUGACACAGAGGCCCUGUCGCAACGGCUGCAAAACGUCCAGAGGGGCCACUCGACUGGCUUCGACGGCUACAGCCCUGACACUAUAUCCAAGGCAGCCGCUGAGAGCGUCUCUACCCGUCGGCAAAGCCUCACCUACAAUGUCGUCAACCGCAGCGACAGGCUAUCCUUGUAUGACCCGGACGUACAGACCCAGCGGGCGGAAGAAUGGACGUCUGUGGAGUGUUGCGCCCCCUCUCAAGAUCCCCCGUACCAGCAGCCACUCCACCCCGCGAGUUGCUUCACUUCCAUCUCAGCUGUGGAUCGAGCGCAGUCUUCCUCUACGCCCUACACUGUGGAAGCGAGCAAGCCAGGACUGUCCUACCAAAGCAUCCAAGCAGACGACCUUGCCUUUCCUUUGGCACAUGGAUUACCGGUAUACGACCCCCGUAGCCACCCAGAUGCUGUCGCAAUACCAACCCUGUCUCCAUGCAGCAGCACUCUAGCCAUGGGAAGCGACGCCAUCUGCAUCCGACGGGAGGACACGGCGCCACUUUCUGACCCUGAUGUCGACAUGGACGCGGACAUGGCCUACAACCCAAACCUCUACGACGCCGAGGAUGUUCGCAGGUCUAGGUCAUCGACUGAGCCUGUGGGAGGUAAGAAUGACGAGCCGUACGCGCAGCUCAUCUACAGAGCCUUCAUGUCACGGCCCAACAAGUCGAUGACUCUGCAGGAGAUCUACCAGUGGUUCCGGGAGAACACAGACAAGGCAAAGAGUGCCGGAAAAGGGUGGCAGAACUCCAUCCGCCAUAAUUUGUCGAUGAAUGGGGCAUUCACGAAGCGGUCUUCAAAUCAGCCGCCCCUGAACAGCGACGGGAGUCUGUCUCUGGACGCUUCGGGGGCGGAUGGGAGAAAGUCAACUGAGUGGUUUCUCGAAUCGAGGUAUUAUAGCGGCGUUGAGAGCACCACCAGGUAUCGCAAGGGUAACAGCAAGAGUGGUGGGCGGAACACGCGGGGAGAUCGAGCGAUCGAUGGGAACGUCAAGGCCGUCUCAGGCAGAAAAGGUGGUUAUCAAGCCGCCCAGAACCGGAAAAGAACGAAAGCUGAACAGCAACAAGAAGCAGCUCGGCAGCGGAACCAACGCCUUCAGCAAUACAGGCCUCACUUAUAUGCAGCAGAUGAGGACGGCCACUUCUACCCUGAAUACCCCGCCCAAUUUGCCGCGAACACGUCCUCCCCCUUUCAGAUACAAGCUCCUCCCAUCCUGAACGGACACGGCGGGAUGCCACGCGGCCGACAAGGGCACCUGGACAUCAACUACUUCCAGCCCCGGCUGCCGGAGAGCGCACACGACACGCACGGGCAAGGGCUGGCAGGCGAUGCCGACCCUGCUGCCGAGCCAACUACGCCCCCGGGCUCCGGCCACGACUCGCAGAUGGGCGAGCUCUCAUGCGAAAACGAGUACCACUCGUACAUGCCGGCGUUUCUCGUCCGCAACGAUGCCAGCUACCACCACCCGGCGGCAGCGGCACUGUCACCUACAGGCUACCCGCCGCAACCGGCCUACACGCUCAGCCAGGUAGGGGGCGCCUUCGAGCCCCCCUCGGGAAUCGAGGUCCCUCUGUUCCUCGGCGGCAGGAAUAUGACGGCCGAGGAAGCAGCCCUGAUGACAGGAAACCCCUGGGUGAACGAGGGGCCAUACUGAGGAUGAGACUCUCCCCUCCUCUCCGAUAUCCCGCCAGCUGGCGUAUCCCCCAGCCCUCCUCGCCAUCCUCCGGUCUUUUCUCUCGCAAUCUCUCUCUCUCUCUCUCUCCCUCUCUGUUUGCAGCAUGCCUCCUCAAGAACUGGACUACGAGAAGGAAUGCGACACGCUGCAGCAUCUGCAGGCAAAUGUCGUUCGAUGUUUUCCUACACUAGUGCUUUCAUGCGCCGCAGCUUGGGGCAUGUUCGUUCAGGGUUGGUUGGCGUACCCGUUGCUGCAUGCGACGCCGACGCGCAGGCUGGUGCUCAGCCCUAAAAGGAACAGGAGCC